UUGCAUCAUAACAAUCUUACUGGUGUCAUCCCUUCAUCUUUUGGCAAUCUUACCAAUUUGACUUAUCUUUAUCUUCAUGGUAAUCAAAUAAGUGGCUUUAUCCCUCCUCAAAUUGGGAAAAUGAAGAAUCUGAAUCGUUUGAAUCUGGGUUAUAACAACCUUAUUGGUGUCAUCCCUUCAUCUUUUGGCAAUCUUACCAAUCUAACUUUUCUUACUCUUAGAGGUAAUCAAAUCAGUGGUUUUAUCCCUCCUGAAAUUGGGUAUCUUACAGAUUUAACAUAUCUAGAUCUCAGUGCGAAUCAAAUCAAUGGUUUCAUCCCUGAAGAAAUAGUGAAUUUGAAGAAAUUGAGUCAUCUAGACAUGAGUAAUAACUUAAUAAGUGGAAAGAUACCUUCACAGUUGGGAAAUUUGAAAGAAGUAGAAUACUUCAAUCUCUCCUACAAUAAUCUCUCUGGCACAAUUCCUCAUUCUAUUUCUAAUAACUACAUGUGGACGUCAAUUGAUUUAUCACACAAUCAGUUGGAGGGUCAGUCCACAACUCCACAUGAGGCAUUUGGCCACGACAAAGGUUUAUGUGGUGGAAUCAAAGGUUUGUCGCAUUGUAAGAAAAGACACCAAAUCGUUCUCAUCGUUGUUAUUUCUUUAUCUGCAACCUUGUUGCUUUCAGUUACAGCCCUUGGGUUUCUCUUCCAUAAACAAAAGAUAAGAAAAAAUCAAUUAUUGAAGACAACAAAGGCAAAAAAUGGAGAUUUGUUUUCCAUAUGGGACUAUGAUGGUACGAUUGCAUAUGAUGACAUCAUCCAAGCCACUGAAGAUUUUGACAUCAAAUACUGUAUAGGCACCGGAGGCUAUGGGAGUGUUUACAGAGCACAACUGCCUAGCGGAAAAGUGGUUGCCUUAAAAAAACUUCAUAGUUGGGAAAGAGAGGAUCCAACUUACCUGAAAAGCUUUGAAAAUGAAGUUCAAAUGUUAUCAACAAUACAACAUCGUAAUAUUGUGAAACUUCAUGGCUUUUGUCUACAUAACAGAUGCAUGUUUCUCGUUUACAAAUAUAUGGAAAAAGGAAGCUUGUAUUGUAUGUUGAGGGAUGAAGUUGAGGUCAUGGAAUUGGAUUGGAUUAAAAGGGUAAAUGUUGUUAAAAGCAUUGCUAGUGCUUUAUCUUACAUGCAUCAUGACUAUGUCAUGCCCAUCAUUCAUCGAGACAUAUCAAGUAGCAACAUUUUGCUGGAUUCUAAGCUUGAAGCUUGUGUAUCUGAUUUUGGCACUGCAAGACUGUUAGAUCCCGACUCAUCCAAUCAAACCCUUCUUGUAGGCACUUACGGUUAUAUUGCACCAGAGCUUGCUUAUACUAUGGUUGUGACUGAAAAAUGCGACGUUUAUAGCUUUGGGAUGGUUGCAUUGGAGACAAUGAUGGGAAUGCAUCCAGGAGAACUUGUCACCUCAUUAUCAUCUUCAUCAACUCAAAGCACAACAUUAAAGGAUGUAUUAGAUUCACGCCUUUCAUCUCCUAAAAGUACAAGAGUUGCUAAUAAUGUAGCUCUUAUUGUGUCAUUGGCGCUCAAAUGUCUCCAUUCUAAUCCACAUUUUCGUCCAUCCAUGCAAGAAGUGUCUUUGAAACUUGUUUCUACAAAGUCAUUCCCACAACCCAUCAGUGCAAUAUCACUUUUGCAACUAAAAAACGAAGUUAUUUAAAUGGCAUGUGAGUUGGUAUGUAAUUGGAGUGAAGAUGUUUAUUUUCCAUUUUUCUUUUUCAUGCAUGUUAGUAAUGAGAAUUUUAUAGUAUAUGUA